UGGAGUCGCGCGUCGCGAGUUGUCAGUACUCAAGCAUACUCAAGUAUUGCUCUUGACCUCGGGUAGUGUGGGUAUGCGUGGUUCGGGACGAUCGAAAUCGAGCGAAUUAAAUGUCCGCCACACGUGGGAAUCCGUCGCACGUUGAAACAAAGUUAAUCCCUCGCUUUUAAGUCCUCUCGCUCUUCCUGUCGAACGCCGUUUCACAGCCGUCCGCUUGUCCGGUUAUAUUUAUCUUCGCACGUUGUGCAAGACACUGCAGGUAUCCGUAUAUAAGUAAUUUCGCAACACUCCGGGGGAACCUGUCAGACCUGACGAGAUGUUGACUCCACGCUUCGAGCUCACGCAGAACGACGAGGAGGUGACGAUGAUCAUCCACGCUCCGUACGCGAAUAUAAAGGACGCGGAGGUGUCCGUCGACGGGACGGACUUUCUGUUCUCCUCCACUCCGUAUUUUCUCAGACUGCAGCUGCCGGGCAAGAUAGAGGAGAACGAUUUGUCCUCCGGUUCCUACGACUGCGACAAAGGUGACUUUACCUUUCGUUUCUCCAAGGUGAACAAAGGGGAGCACUUUGAGAACUUGGAGAUGAUAACAAGCCUUAUGGCGCCGCCGAAAAACAAAAGCGUACUUGUCAUACCUAACAUUGAAGUGAUUGGUAAUCCAUCCGUGACUAAGGCAGAUAUAAACGAAACGAAUGACAUAGGUGAUUUUGCAAAUAACUUACCCAAGGAUGAUUCUGGUGAAAACAUGCCAAAGCUUUUGAAUGGCCCAAAGUAUGGUUUUGCUAAUAGAGUAUCGGGAGCUUUAUUGGCCUUUGAGGCAGCGUGGCUCAAGGAAAUAAUAGAUCUUCCCAAUCCUGACGUAACUCCUGAGCCAGAAAGAAAAGCUUUGCGAGAACAACGUGAAUCAAAAGAUUUCUCCGACGAACAUUACGUAGCAGAUUUAAUGGAGCUACGAUUCACUGGGCCACCCUUAGAAUUUGAGGCGGAAUGGGAGACCCUGCAGAAAGAUCAAAUCGCGUUCAGCGAAGCCGAGGUCGAUCUGCUAAAGGAACUUCCAAACAAAGAAUAUUUAUUAAAUAAUGAAGACCAAAAGCAAUUAUGUUUUAAUCUAAUCGACAUCUUGUACGCCAGUUGUUUCAAUUAUCGAACAACGUUUGGGGAAAAUAAUGUAGAAAGCGCUUGGAACAUCAAUAAAUUAAGUUCUACGUUAUGUUGGUUCCAGAGUUUUACUUCUCUAGAAGAAGUUAUAAGAGCGUGUAUUCGAAGAGCGCUUUGCUACCCACUUUACAGACACUGGGAAAUUUCUGUCAAAGUAUUCGAAGACGUUAAAGGUGUUCUGUCGUUAGGAAAGAAAUACAUUAUUAAACGCUUCUGUGAAAUACACAGUCUUUUCAAUACUUCGCACGAACCAAGGUACAUACUGAACCAACUGUACAUAAAGGACUUUUUAAUUUGGCUGCAAACGUUACCCGAGUGCGUAAUAGAAUCGCUUUGUUCUGCAUUAAAUGACAUUCAUCCAACCAAAGCGAGUAUGGGAUUCGAUUUAGAGGAACUGGAAGUGGCAGCUCGUACUAUUCAAGAGGAGGAUCUCAUCAUAGAAAAUAGUAUUCAUAACAUGGCCAAGAAGCUCGAAGCAAUGUCCGCGAAUCAGUCUGAUAGCACACAGGAGACGCCAAAGAAUGUAUGCCAUGUUAACCACAAAUUUUUUAAGUAUUUAUUAUCGAGCAGUUCGAGUUCAACGGAUAGCAGUGAUACGGACUCCGAUACGUCAAGCAGCAGCAGCAGCAGCAGUAGUAGUAGCACCAGUCUAGAUUCUGAUGACUUAAAUGAGCCAAAUGAAUAUAAUGAAUGAAAAGAAACUGAUAGCUCCUAUAAAUAAUCAUUCACUUGUUACAUGACGUAAAAUAAUCUGACGAAUUAAAUUAAAUUAAAUUAAACUUUUUCCAUAAAUCAUAUAUUUUAAUUAAGAAUUAUAAAAUAUAGCGAUACGUACGUGAUUAUUUUUUUAUACAUUUAUAUAAAUAUUCAUUAUUUUAUGUGUUUUACAUUUAUGCGUAUACUUCGUGAUGUAUACGUAUAAGAGUCAGAUGUUAAGAUCAAGAUGUUAUGAUGUUUAAAAAUAAUCUUCCGAAUGUACUAUGUUAACGAAAUUGCGUUAAUAAUAAAUGUAUAUAUGUAUACAAUAUAUAUUUGAAAACUUUUGACGUUAUAUGAAUUGUGUGUAGAAAUAACAGAAAAAAAUCAAUGUUUUUAUUAAUAAAAUAAUAUUUUUUUAAAGAAA